AUGGACACUGACGAUGAUCAGAAAAUGGCCAUGCUCCGCAAGGCUUUUCAAAUGUUCGACACCACUAAAUCGGGUUACAUCGAUGUCCUAAAAAUUUCCACGAUUUUGAAUACCAUGGGCCAGCUAUUUGAUGACUCUGAACUUCAGGCCCUUAUCGAUGAAAAUGACCCCGAAGGUUCGGGCAAAAUCAACUUUGAUGGGUUCUGCAAUAUUGCCUCCCAUUUCUUAGAAGAAGAAGAUGCUGAAGCCAUGCAGCAAGAACUGAAAGAAGCUUUCAGAUUAUACGAUCGUGAAGGCAACGGUUACAUCACUACUUCUACUCUCAAGGAGAUCCUUGCAGCCUUAGAUGACAAACUUAGUAAUGCUGACUUAGAUGGCAUUAUUGCUGAGAUUGACACUGACGGUUCCGGAACUGUUGAUUUUGAUGAAUUCAUGGAGAUGAUGACUGGCGAC